AUGGAUUCCAUGGAUUCCACCCCGGGAGUCUUUGUGGCGAAUCAAAUCAACGGGAGCACCCCUACAGCCACCGCCAACAACAACAGCAAUAACAUUGCUCCCAUCGGCGGUGUGCCCAGCAUCUCCAUCGAGAAUGCCCGAUCACUGCUCGAUUUUAGCGGAAAGUUGGACAUCAACUUACUCGACGCCGUCAUCGACUGCAUGUACUCGGGACAGGGUACACAGCAGCACGUUGCCCAGCAGAUACUGACCACCUUCAAGGAGCAUCCUGACGCGUGGACUCGCGUCGAUGCCAUUUUGGAGUUUUCGAAAAACAAAGAAACCAAAUACUACGCUCUUCAGAUUCUCGAAAACCUCAUCAAAACUCGAUGGAAGGUCCUUCCCGAGCACCAGUGUGAGAACAUUAAGAAGUUUAUCGUUGCGCUAAUCAUCAAAACUUCCACAAAUCCAAUCACUAAUGAGAUUGACAAAGUGUAUCUCAACAAAUUGAACAUGAUCCUCGUCCAAAUUCUAAAGCAAGACUGGCCCAAGAAGUGGCCUGGUUUCAUCUCUGACAUCUGCGGGGCUAGCAAGAAAAGCGAGCCUCUUUGUAUUAAUAACAUGACAAUUCUGAAACUUCUUAGCGAGGAGCUUUUUGAUUUCUCUACUGGACAGCUGACACAAGCCAAGUCCAAGCAUCUCAAGGACACAAUGUGUCAGCAGUUUCGCGAAGUCUUUUCUCUCUGCCAGUUUGUUCUGGAAGACUCUCGCAACGAAAAACUCAUCAGCUGCACCUUAGAGACUUUGUUGAGGUUUUUCAACUGGAUUCCCCUUGGCUACAUCUUCGAAACUGGUCUCAUAAAUGCACUAGUUUUUAAGUUUUUUCCUUAUCCGCUCUUCCGUAACAUCACCCUAAAGUGUCUCACUGAAAUUGCCAACAUCGACACUGAUCAAUAUGACACAGUCUACUGUUUCAUGUUUGAGAAUUUCAUGGAUCAACUUCCGAAGUACCUUUCAAUGCCAUCAAACGUCAAACAGCUUUACGAAUCUGGCAGUGAACAUGACCAAAACUUUAUUCAAAAUCUUAGCUUGUUCCUGUGUACGCUGUUGAAAAAGCGCGGCUUGCUGUUUGAGCAGGAGAAUCACCGAAAGAAGCUGUUGAUGGCCGUUUACUACCUGAUUAUGAUUUCAGAAGUGGAAGACGUUGAAGUGUUCAAGAUUUGCCUGGAGUACUGGGGCUCUCUGGCCGAGCAACUGUACAAGGAGUGUCCGCUGGACGACCGUGUCGUGGGCAAUGCUGUCGUGCCGAUGCGCCGUCUCAUCUACGAGGAGAUGCUCUCUAAACUGCGCUACAUUAUGAUUGGUCGAAUGGCCAAGCCAGAGGAAGUGCUCGUCGUGGAGAAUGACCAGGGAGAGGUCGUUAGAGAGUUCAUGAAGGACACUGACUCCAUUCAACUGUACACCAACAUGCGCGAGACGCUCGUCUAUCUUACCCAUCUGAACUCAUCUGACACUGAAAACAUUAUGAAUGAUAAGCUGAAGAGACAGGUCGACGGAACUGAGUGGUCGUGGAAGAACCUGAACACGCUGUGUUGGGCCAUUGGCUCCAUCAGUGGUGCUAUGCUGGAAGAUGAGGAGCGUAAAUUUCUAGUCACCGUCAUCAAGGAGCUACUGGGCCUGUGCGAGCAGAAGCGAGGCAAGGACAACAAGGCCAUCAUUGCCUCGAACAUCAUGUACGUCGUCGGCCAGUACCCGCGAUUCCUUCGGGCGCACUGGAAGUUUUUAAAGACAGUCGUCAACAAGUUGUUUGAGUUUAUGCACGAAACACACGAUGGUGUUCAGGAUAUGGCGUGCGACACGUUCAUCAAGAUUGCAAACAAAUGCCGGCGACACUUUGUCACCGUGCAGGCAGGCGAAGUUACACCCUUUAUCGACGAGAUUCUGGAGAAUAUGGCCACCUGUAUUAAUCAACUUCAGCCACAACAGAUCCACACAUUUUACGAAGCUGUCGGAUACAUGAUUAGCGCACAGAACGACGAGAAACUUCAAGAGCAGCUGAUUCGAAACUACAUGUCCUUGCCGAAUCAGGUGUGGAACGACAUCAUUCGAAAGGCGUCGACCAGCGUCGAUGUGCUGACUGACCAGGCGACCGUCAAGCAGCUGGACAACAUCAUCAAGACCAACUACCACGCUUGCAAAGCCCUCGGACACAGUUACAUUGCCCAGCUGAGGAUCAUCUACCUGGACAUGCUCGUCCUCUACAAGGUAAUGAGUGAUAACAUUACCACUGCCAUCACCAAGAAUGGCGAGAACGUCAUGAAGCAGCCUAUUAUUCGCUCGAUGCGAGGCGUGAAGAAGGAGAUCCUCAAGUUGAUCAACGAGUGGGUGUCGCACACUAACGACUACAAAGUGGUCUUGACGUCAUUUAUUCCCAAGCUGCUCGACGCCAUUCUUUUCGACUACAAAAACUGUACAGUGCCUUCUGCCCGAGAGCCAGAGGUUCUUUCAACCAUGUCGACGGUUGUCAAGAAACUCGAGAGUAACAUUACCACUCAAAUUCCCGCCAUUUUCGAUGCCGUCUUCGAGUGCACCCUCGACAUGAUCAACAAGGACUUUCAGGAGUACCCUGAACAUCGAACCAACUUUUACAUCCUCCUGCAGCAGGUGGUCACCUACUGCUUCUCCUCGCUGCUAAACAUCGUUCCGGCUCAAUUCAAGCUCAUACUGGACUCCAUCAUCUGGGCAUUUAAGCACACCAUGCGCAACGUUGCCGACACCGGACUGCGCAUUCUCUUCAACCUCCUGGAGAACAUGAGCAAGGAGGACGUCGUGUACUCGAACAUGUUCUACCAGACGUACUACACCGACAUUAUGCAGCACAUGUUCUCAGUGGUGACGGACACCUCGCACACCGCCGGUCUGACGAUGCAGGCCAACAUUCUCGCGUACAUGUUCUUCAUCGUCGAGUCAGGGAAGAUCACCGUGCCGCUGAAUCCCACCGUUCAGACGGCCAAGGGACAGAACAAUGUGCAGUACGUGCAGGACUUUGUUUCCGAUCUGCUGAAGGGUGCAUUCAGCCACCUCUCCGAAGCGCAAAUCAAAAUCACCGUCCAGGGCUUCUUCAACCUCGACCAGGAUGUGGUCGCCUUCAAAGAGCACCUGCGAGACUUUUUGGUUCAAAUCAGGGAGUUUUCCGGACAAGACGAUAGUGAUCUGUUCCUCGAUGAACGUGAAUCAGAGUUGAAAAAGAAGGAGGAAGAUAAGCGUCGUGUUCAACUGUCUGUGCCUGGCAUAAUCAAUCCUCACGAUUUGCCAGAGGUGAUGGAUGACGACAACUAA